CUGUGUCAUAUGAUCGUCAUUAACUGGACAUACUUUCAUCAGUAGGCGUUAACUCUUUGAAAAAUUCGAUUAUAUCUUAAAAAUAAUUAUAAAAUUCAUUAUUUAUAGAAACUUGACAAAUUUUUAAACUUCAAAAUGGCAUUAAGCGAUGCAGAUGUACAAAAACAGAUUAAUCAUAUGAUGGCAUUCAUUGAACAAGAAGCCAAUGAAAAAGCAGAAGAAAUUGAUGCUAAAGCAGAAGAAGAAUUUAAUAUUGAAAAAGGACGUUUAGUUCAACAACAAAGACUUAAAAUUAUGGAAUAUUAUGAGAAGAAAGAAAAACAAGUAGAACUUCAAAAAAAAAUUCAAUCAUCUAAUAUGUUGAAUCAAGCUCGUCUAAAAGUUCUAAAGGUUAGAGAAGAUCAUGUACGUAAUGUAUUAGAUGAAGCUAGGAAAAGACUAGGAGAAGUAACAAGAGAUAUUUCACGAUAUAGAGAAAUUUUAAAAUUAUUAAUUGUACAAGGAUUAUGCCAGUUAACAGAAAAUCAUGUUACUAUUCGUGUCCGUCAAGUAGAUCUUCCUUUGGUAGAAUCACUUCUUGAUUCUGUUCAAAAUGCUUAUAAACAAAUAACAAAAAAAGAUGUCACGAUUAAAGUUGAUCAAGAUAAUUUCCUUCCUUCUGAUAGUUGUGGUGGUGUUGAUUUAUUUGCGGCUAAAGGACGUAUAAAAGUUAGCAAUACCUUGGAAACACGAUUAGAAUUAAUAGCACAACAACUAAUACCGGAUAUACGUUCUGCUCUAUUUGGAUGCAAUCCUAAUCGUAAAUUCAUUGAUUAAAAAAUUCCUUUCAUAUUUUC